AGCAGAUGGAUCUGCAGCUGCUGAAUCUUGGACAUCACAAGCAGAACCACAGGGACAUAGUGGAGUAGAUUGAUUACUUAAACUGUUGCUGCUUGUUUAUCCUUGUCUCCUGGGGCUGCAGGUUGCCUUUCUCAGGUGAAGACAGAGGCCUCAGGCCCUACAGUAGGGAAGAUCUCGGAGUCUGUCUCGCUCACCUGUCACAUCUCUGGUGUAGCCAUCACCGACAGCAGCUAUGCGUGGGACUGGAUCCGGCAGACUCCUGGCAAAGAGCUGCAGCACUUAGUGAUGCAGUAUCCUUUCACACGGCUCCAGCACAUCGCUUCACCCUUCCAGACCCGAGUCAACAGCUCUGCAGACCCCUCCAGGAACCAGCUGUGGCUGCAACUGCUCUCGCCAACAGCUGCAGACACAGCCACCUAUUUCUGCACCAUGAGAGAACUUGAAAAGGGCACAGUGCUUGAAACGCAGGCAGGGCUGGCGCAGAAUUGGAAGGAGGGGUAUUCCUCAUUUAUUGGAAUGAGUCUUAGCAGUGUGAGCACAGAUAAGCUUAUAUUUGAACCAGGAACGACUCUCACAGUUCUACCAAAUAUUUCCAAUACUUCCAACCCUCAAGUCAUUGUGAUGAAAUCAAAGAAACUGGAAGAAGGUGGCAGCCCUGGGAAAGCAGCUUGUUUGGCAAGGAAUAUUCAGACAAAGAGCAUCAGCUUGGAGAUGCCCUCUAAGGAGGUCGUAUAUGAACAGAGCAGAUCCAUUUUGACAUCAGAGGGGUUGUACAAUGCAAUUAAAGUGGUCAAUGUGACCAAAGACACAGAGCUGACCUGCACGGCCAAAUUCGACAACAGCACCAUGACAACAACACAUCCAGAAGAAGAGGCUGAUGAACCAGUGGCUGAAGGGCCCAGUAAGAGGGUUUGCAACAGCACAGAGCCCAAGCACUCAGCACAAGGUG